AUGCACAGGUUGCUAGUGUGGCGAGGGGACUCAAAGACUAAACAUGUGUAUUUUGAUGACAUCAUACACCUCAUCAAGGAAGAAUCAAUAACCAACAACGUGAUAGAUGCUUAUGGUGAAAUUCUACUUGAACUACAAGGGCUAGUCAACCCAAGUUUGGAAGAUUCAUCAUUCAUCUUUACAAGCACAUGUUUGAAAAUCAUUGAACAGUACCCCCCCCACAAGAGGAAUAAACUAAUUGAUGUACACAUCAAGGAGUAUCAAGGCCAGAGAUUCUUAAUCUUCCCAAUACACGACAACUUUUACUGGACAACUGUUGUGUACGACGUGAAAGAGAAUGUAUGGAGGCAUUAUAACUCACUGCGCCCAAGAGAAGGCAUACAUGACCCACAUAUUGACAAAGCACAAAUACUGAGGGACUACAUCACAGCUUUGGUGCACAACAUUGGACCGUCAUCACCAUUAUGGACCAAUUUAUCAAGCCAAAAUACUUCGAAAACAAUCAUAUCAGUGGACAUCUGUCCCCAGCAAGCAUCAAAUUCGGUGGAUUGUGGGCCUGCAGUUUGUUACAUCAUGAGGGCGCAUGUAUAUCGUGAAGACAUGGUUGCCAGCCUAGAUCGCUUUGAAUGGUGUCAAAUAAAAGACUCAUUAGUACACAUUUUUCUGAACCAUAGAAAGACAGUGCAAUGUGAAAACCUAUAG